CCCAACUAGAUUUUUUCGACCAGUUGUUUUCGACCACCAGUUCACCAGUAUGAAAGGCGGAGCCGCCAUAGUGUGGAAACGUCACGGGUUACGACGCUGGUGAAAGCCUUAGAUUUUGAGGGACUGAGUGAAGCGGAAGUGAGAAUCACUUGAACGGAUUCAAUGGGACUCCCGUGCCCUACCAGUGAGUACAGCAGCAGCGGAGAGGAAGACGGGGACGCAGAGUGGAAAGCGGCCAUUGAGUCAAUCGCCGCCACCACCACUUUCGGUAAUUUCAAUGGCUCAACAACAACGACGAAGCGUGAGGCUAUCGAAGCUGACAGAGAGCAUCCAAACAAUGUCCAGAAACUCAAGCACUGCCAGCUCAAGGCACAAAAGAUGUUGGAUGAUAUCUUAGAAAAGACGUUAGAGGUUGUGAAUGAUCCCAUACGUGUACCAGAUAGUGACAUCUUGACGAACGAUGGUGGAGUCCGGUUAUUCAAGCUUUCUUCCCCUGGGAUAGUAUUUGAUCAUCUAGAUGAACUUCAGCGACCAACAAAGAGACCAAGAAUCGUUCCAGGACUAGUGAUUGAGGAAAAAUCAAAGACGUUUAGGCAGCUACUCCAAUCUAUUGUGGUUGAUGGAGCGGAUAUAAUUGCUGCAGCUAGAGAUGCAUGCCAGAAAUCAUUAAAUAGACUAGAAGCUAAAGACGCAGUGGCAAAUGAAAAAGCUAAAAGAGAGGAGGAAAGGGUUGCAGAACUGAAAAGGAUCAGGGGUGAGAAAUGGCUACCUUCUAUGGCCAGGGAAAUGCAGGUAGAGUGCCAAAGUCAAAUUACUUGAGUUAAAAACAAUGUCGCUCGUCCCUUGCAUGUUUGUGUAAUGUAUGAUCUAUCCAAUGUUUGAGAUUUCAUAUCUCUGUUCGCUUCUUCAAUCUUAUUGACAUUUUUACUUUUUUGUGCGGUCAAGUAAAAGUAGAACAUAAACUGGUUGGCAAUGUUAGAUGUAUCCAGAAGACAUUUGAAAUGUCCUCCCGUCGCAGUGAUUGGGAAAUCCUGAUGUGUUCAUUAUGCUCGGGCUCGUGCUGUUACUUCUGCAAACCAAUUCGUUGACACUUUUUCCUGUCACAAGAACACGACUAGCAGAUAUCACAUUUAAUGCUAUGCCUUGGCAACUUUGUAAUUCAUUACCGUGACAACUUUGUAAUUCUUUCAACAAACAAAUCUUUGGCUAACAA